CGCUGAUGGUUGGCGGUCUGAUUUAUUUCGGUUGUCGAAUCUCAGUGCAGUGUGUGUGACCGCGGUGUGUAGUUCCGAUUUUAACCAGAUCCCAAACUGAGCGAUGGCCACCAUAGAUGGGCGACCAGCCCAAUAUGGGAUCUCCUUGAAACAUCUACGGGAGUUAAUGGAACAUCGCGGAAGAGAAGGUGUAAACAAGAUUAACGAAUUAGGGGGAGUGCAAGAGAUAUGUAAAAAAUUGUAUACAUCACCUAGCGAAGGCCUGAGUGGUUCACAAAUAGACACAGAUCAUAGAAGAGAAACAUUUGGAUCCAACACGAUACCACCUAAACCUUCAAAAACAUUUCUUCAACUUGUUUGGGAAGCGUUGCACGAUACGACGCUUAUUAUUCUCCAAAUAGCUGCCAUAGUAUCUCUCGGUCUAUCUUUCUAUCAACCUGCCGACGAUUCGGCUGGGCCCAUCGAGGACGACGAAGGACAUUACGGAUGGAUCGAGGGCCUUGCUAUUCUUGUUUCAGUCAUAGUUGUAGUUAUAGUAACAGCUUUUAAUGAUUAUUCAAAAGAAAGACAAUUUAGAGGAUUGCAAAGUAAAAUUGAAGGCGAGCAUAAAUUUUCAGUUAUUAGACAAGGAGAAGUGAAACAGAUAUCGGUUGGUGAUAUUGUCGUCGGCGAUAUUUGUCAAAUCAAAUAUGGAGAUCUUUUACCAGCGGACGGUUUAUUGAUCCAGAGUAAUGAUCUGAAGGUGGACGAAUCCUCCCUGACGGGAGAGUCCGACCAUGUGAAGAAAGGCGAGUCCUUCGACCCGAUGGUCCUGUCGGGGACGCACGUCAUGGAGGGCAGCGGCAAAAUGCUGGUGACGGCCGUCGGCGUCAACUCGCAGGCCGGCAUCAUCUUCACACUGCUGGGUGCUGCAGUCGACCAACAGGAACAAGAGAUCAAAAAGAUGAAGAAAGAAGCUAAAAAGAUGCGGAAGAAGAAAAGUUUAACAGGAGACGAAGAGGCGGGUCCAGUGACAGGUAACAGUCACCUGUCCUCUCCGGCUCAGACGAAGACCGCUCUUCAGGAAGUCGAACAUGAGAACCACGUCGAGAGCGCUCCAGUGCCAUCCGAGGGACACAAGAAAGAAAAGUCUGUAUUGCAAGCAAAGUUGACCAAACUCGCCAUUCAAAUAGGAUAUGCCGGUUCUACUAUUGCAAUGCUCACUGUUAUUAUAUUGAUGACGCAAUUUUGUAUUAAGACAUUUGUUAUUGAUGAAAAGCCAUGGAAGAACACUUACAUUAACGAUUUAGUGAGGCAUUUUAUUAUUGGUGUUACUGUUUUGGUCGUUGCUGUGCCUGAAGGCUUGCCGCUAGCUGUUACGUUAUCUUUAGCGUACUCUGUUAAGAAAAUGAUGAAAGACAACAAUUUGGUACGACAUUUGGACGCAUGUGAAACGAUGGGAAAUGCUACUGCCAUUUGUUCCGAUAAAACCGGCACUCUCACAACGAACAGAAUGACUGUUGUCCAGUCGUACAUUUGUGAAAAGUUAUGUAAGAGCGCGCGCUUUGCCGACUUCCCUGCACAAGUUGGUAAUUUAAUUGUGCAAGGCAUAUCUGUAAAUUCUGCCUAUACUUCCCGAAUAAUGCCCUCACAAGACCCUGGUGAGCUCCCUAUGCAAGUCGGUAACAAAACUGAGUGCGCUUUGCUCGGAUUCGUUCAAAGCCUUGGAAAAAGUUAUCAAGCCGUCCGAGAUGAUAUCACAGAGGAAUCAUUCACCCGAGUUUAUACAUUUAAUUCAGUACGCAAAUCAAUGAGCACAGUUAUUCCAAGGCAGGGCGGCGGCUAUAGGUUGUUCACGAAGGGAGCCUCCGAGAUGGUCUUGAAAAGGUGUGCGUUCAUUUACGGACACGAUGGUCGGUUGGAGAAAUUCACGCGUGAUAUGCAGGAGAGGCUUCUCCACCAAGUGAUUGAGCCGAUGGCCUGCGAUGGACUUAGGACUAUCUCAAUUGCAUAUCGAGAUUUUGUGCCUGGCAAAGCCGAAAUUAACCAAGUUCAUGCAGAAACUGAACCUAACUGGAAUGAUGAGGAUAACAUAGUAAAUAAUUUAACAUGUCUUUGCGUGGUUGGUAUCGAAGAUCCUGUCAGACCAGAGGUACCUGAUGCUAUUCGUAAAUGUCAAAAAGCAGGAAUAACUGUUCGUAUGGUAACUGGUGAUAAUAUAAACACUGCAAGGUCUAUUGCUACGAAAUGUGGAAUAUUGAAACCCCAAGAAGAUUUUCUGAUUUUAGAAGGAAAAGAAUUCAAUAGGCGCAUUAGAGACAGCAACGGUGAUGUCCAACAACAUCUGCUGGAUAAAGUGUGGCCUAAAUUACGUGUUUUGGCAAGAUCUUCGCCCACUGACAAAUACACAUUGGUCAAAGGUAUUAUCGACAGCAAUGUCAGUGAAAGCAGAGAAGUCGUGGCAGUCACAGGCGAUGGUACAAACGACGGUCCAGCUCUUAAAAAAGCUGAUGUUGGAUUUGCCAUGGGUAUUGCGGGUACAGAUGUAGCAAAAGAAGCAUCUGAUAUUAUUUUGACUGAUGAUAAUUUUACCAGUAUUGUUAAGGCUGUCAUGUGGGGACGUAAUGUGUAUGACAGUAUUGCAAAGUUCUUACAAUUUCAGUUGACUGUAAAUGUGGUUGCAGUUAUUGUAGCAUUUAUUGGUGCGUGUGCCGUUCAAGAUAGUCCACUGAAGGCUGUACAAAUGUUGUGGGUUAAUUUAAUUAUGGACACAUUAGCCUCAUUAGCUUUAGCAACAGAAGUUCCAACAGCUGAUCUCUUGCUUAGAAAACCAUACGGAAGAACCAAACCUCUCAUAUCUCGUACCAUGAUGAAAAAUAUACUUGGGCAAUCUGUAUAUCAACUAACAGUUAUAUUCACACUGCUUUUUGUUGGUGAUAAGCUCUUAGACAUUGACUCAGGAAGAGGAGCAGACUACGGUUCAUUGCCAACUCAACAUUUUACAGUAAUUUUUAAUGCUUUUGUACUAAUGACUUUAUUUAAUGAAUUUAAUGCUCGUAAGAUUCAUGGACAGCGUAAUGUUUUUGAAGGCAUUUUUACAAAUCCAAUUUUUUACACUAUUUGGGUAGGAACCGCUGUUGCACAUGUUGUCAUUGUACAAUACGGAGAUCUGGCAUUUUCAACAAAAGGGCUGAAUCUCGAGCAAUGGCUUUGGUGUCUGUUUUUCGGCUUUGGUACACUAUUAUGGGGACAAAUUGUUACCACAGUGCCUACAAGAAAGAUUCCUAAAAUUCUUUCCUGGGGAAGGGGUCAUCCUGAGGAAUAUACUGAAGCUAUUAAUCUCGGUGAACAGAAGUUUGAUGCUGACUUUGAUAAGAAACCUCGAGCCGGUCAAAUCUUAUGGAUUCGAGGGCUUACGAGGCUUCAAACACAGGUGAUAGGUGGUGAGUUGCAAGAGCGUUUGAUUCCGGUCCCGUACAGCAAGAGCUCCACUGACCAAGCUAUUCGGGUAGUGAAUGCUUUCCGGCAAGGACUCGAUUCCCGAUAUGGAGAGCACAGCAAUACCUCCCUAGCCGAGGCUCUGCGAAAACAGUCAUCACUUAGUAAGCGACUCUCGCAAACUUCUUCCAUUGAAUACGCCGAUAAUAUUCCGGACGAAUUGACUAUCCCUGAAAUAGACGUGGAACGGUUAUCAUCACACAGUCAUACGGAAACGGCAGUUUAGUUUCCUUUGUCCUAUUUCAAAUAUAUACAUACAUACGGAGGUAAAGAGAUGCAGAUGUUUAUAUUAUAUGAGUAUAUACGUAUCUGCAUAUCUUGCAGCAUUCUUAUGUAUGUAGAAUCCCUUCAAAAACCAAAUAACGCCGCGCGGCUGCUUGUCAAGACAUCACAUUCACUGUUUGUUCGUUGUUAUUUAGUGGUUUAAAUUAAAUCGUUUAUUAUACAAAAAAAAGAAGUUUUGCCUAUUUACAUAAUUUUAUAAAAGCAAAACGUGGAACAAUGAUGAACUGAACACAAGUAGCAAUAAUCAAGAGGGUCUAUACUAUAUAAACCCAUAGUGUUUAACUAGGUGCCUACGGGGCGCACGGGCGCACACUCGCAGCUAUUCAGUGGAGAAUAUGUUAUACUAUAUAUAUUAUAUUAUAUUAUAAUGAUAUGAAUUGGUCUCAUAUCGGGCGUUCGGUCGCAUGUUGACCUGACCCAUGCAAAUGCUUGUCGUCGGUCGUCGUACAUACGACCGAACUGGAACACACACACACCACGACCAGUAUGGGACCAGUCUACUGAAUUGGACGCAACUUAGGAGGCCUGACGUUCUCUCACGGCAGAGAACGUCUGGUCACGCUUCGUUACUAUCGGCGAGUUACAGUUGAUCUAGAGUAACGAUAUAUAGAAUACUGUUGUCUGCCAAA